AUGGCGAUGGGCGGAAACCCUCUUAGUGUUACAGUGGUGUCCGGUGAGCCAAGGAGGCUGACGCCCACAGUCCAGAGCGAAGACGAGACCGGACAAAACGAGCACCUGACGCCCCACGCUUGGGCGUGGCCGCCGCUGCCUUCGUCACGCAGCCGCUAUUUAUGCUUCUCCGGGCCCAAGUCACUCUGGUCGUGCGCCUCCAGCGUUUUCUCCUCGCUGGCCCCCGCUAGCAGCCAUCACAGCGAACAACAGAGCGGCAGAGUUCUCCUCGCCGGCAACGGCAAGGGCAAGGGCAAGGCCAUGGCCGGCGGCCAGCGCAGGUCGUUCCGCAUGUCCGACAUGAUCCCCAACGCCUGGUUCUACAAGCUCCGCGACAUGCGCGCCCGUGGCGGACGCGGGCGCGGCCCCGCCGCCGCGCGCCGGUCGCUGUCUGCUCGCUGGGAGGACAGGGAGGUCCAGCAGCAGCAGCAGCAGCCGUCUUCUCGGUGGAACAGGGAGGUCUCCGUCCAGCAGCCCCCGCCGCCGUCUUCUCCGUCUCCGGGGAACAGGGAGGAUGCCGUCGUCGACGUACUCCAGCAGCCGGCCAUGGCGAGGAAGGGAUCCCCCCCGAUCCAUCUUCACAGGGCGUCCUACUACACCGCCACCAGAGACAGGGAGCUCGCGCCUCCAAGGAGGAGGCGCCACAGGGCUCCCGCGGCGCACGGCGAGAAGGAGUCCUUCGUCGUCCAGGCGCCUGUAAGUGUAAGCCCCCGUCGGCGUCGUGACAUGAGCAUCGAUGACCUUGACGCCGCGGUGUUCCAGAAGCCGAUGGUGAUCGCCGACCCUUCGGACGACGACAACAACAACGAAGGUAACGUGAUCGCGACCGAGGAGCACAUCGUCAUCGACCUAGUCCGGGACAAGAGCACGCCCGAGACCCAGAGUGUUCCCGUGCUCCCACCAAUCGUGACUACCCCGGUGAAGAAGCCGCAGGCCGAGCUCCCCGACGCCAUGGCCACGGGAGCUGGCUCUGCCUCGGAGAAGAGCAACCCGAGGCGCUCUUCCAGUUCCAAGCCGCGCCGCGUCAAGACGCGCGCGACCAGGAGCCCGCGGCUGGCGGCGCCGGCCACCGCCGCCAGGAAAGGGGCGCAAAGCAACUGGACGGCGCCACCGCCGGCGUCGCCGCCGCCGCCGUCGUCGCCAGAGCCAGAGCCAGACCCGAUCCUGGAUAGCUACGCGGUGGUGGUGCUGUCGAGCGACAUCCGGAAGGACUUCCGCGAGUCCAUGGAGGAGAUGAUCGCCGACAAGGGCAUCCGCGACGCCGCCGACCUGGAGGACCUCCUCGCCUGCUACCUCGUCCUCAACGAGGCCAAGUUCCAUGAGAUCAUCGUCGAGGUGUUCGAGGAGAUUUGGAUCAGCCUCGCCAACGCCAGGCCCUGAAAGAAACGCCAUCCUCCGUGCUUCCUGCAUGCAUGGUGGAUCCAGCCAUUGUUGCAGCCGCAUUGUCUGGCUUAAUUUAUCAUUAUCUCUUCGAAUUCGUCAAUUGUAGCGCAAUAAGACAUCGUCCCCGUCGAAAUUA